GUCAGUCGAUCGGCCGCUUUGCUAGAAUUUAAACGCUUCCCAUUUAACUGAGCAAAAAGUUGCGUAUACGCCGUGCUGAGUGCGCUAUAGUGUGAAAACGCCAAAGUUUCGAGCCGGAAAAAAUUUUAGAGGACUCAAAUUUGCAAGGAAUUUAAAUGAAAGUGCAUUUUUAAACUCCAAACUACAUUUGGAAUAAUAUUUGGCACGUAUUAAGGAAAGAAAUAUUGCAAAGCAACCAUCCGCAAAGAAAUUGAAAUUUGUUGCAUGGCUGCACGAAAAAACAUAAGUAAUAUGUUAGAAAUAUUAAAUUAUAUAGGGCUUUCACUGUUGCUGCUCAGCGCGGGCACUAGAGCACAGAGCGGUUACAAUUAUGCGCGCCCGGAGAUUUCUAAUAUUGCAAGCGGUGGCGGGAGCAACUCAAAUGCCCUACGUCCAUUGGUUCCGCUCAGUAGUAACACUAUUACUGCACCUACAAAUGCUGCUGUCGGGUAUCCGUCCACCGGUGGCAGUGCUUAUGGCGGCGCAACAUCUGCGGCUGCAGCUCCUUACGCUGUUUUUGGCGCACAACCUACCGCACUCGGUGCUACUGGCCCAACUGCUUACGCCGGCGCAACAGGCGCAUCCGCACUGCAAGUGGGUCCUGGUUUCAACACGGCAAAGCGACCCAUUUUGUCAACUCAGCAACGUGGUGGUGGCGGCGGCGGCGGCGGCGGCGUAUAUAGCGUUGGCUUGACUAAUAUUGCUGGUGCUCAAACAGCGUAUGGCAGCGCAGCACGCAGCGCCGGACUCAACGAUGUGGACUAUGGCGGUGAAGGCGAUUACUCUGCUAUACCGGGCGUGCCCGCAGUCGAUUAUCCGGUUUAUGCGCAAGUGCCGCAGACAAAUUUCGAUUGCACACAGCAACUACCCGGUUACUAUUCGGACGUCGAAGCACAGUGCCAGGUCUUUCAUAUAUGCGCUCUCAAUCGCACCUACUCGUUUCUCUGUCCAAACGGCACCAUCUUCAGUCAAGAAACACUCGUCUGUGUAUGGUGGAAUCAAUUUGAAUGUAGCACCGCGCCCUCGCUUUACGCCAACAAUGCGUAUAUCUAUGACUAUGGCAGCGAGCAACGCGCUGCUGGUGCCUACGGUGGUUCAAGCGUCACUGCACAAUUAGGCGCGCGUCAAUCAGCUAAUUAUCCAGGUGCUGCUAGCGGCAGUGGCUUACGCGCCACAAGCGCUUCAGUGCCAACAGCAGGAGGCAUUUUUGGCGCGGGUAACUUGCGACCCACCGCUUAUGGCACCCUGCCUAGCACAGCAACACCGGUGCCAUCGACCGCAGGCUAUAGUGCAGGUCGGUUCCCUGGCGGCGCUCCAGCUUCAGCUCAAUCCUUCAACACUGCAGUAACGCCAAUUGCCGCCACACAAGCUACUUAUGGGCCUGCUGGUGUUGGUGUAGCUGGCGCCACUGGUUUGCCAGCCAGUGCGGCUGGUUCUGGCGCGAGUAGCAAUCGUGAAUAUCUGCCGCCACCACAACAACAACGCCGGCCUUAAAUUUACAAGGUAAAGUAAUAGCAAAACCCGACAAGAAUCCGCUCUCUACGUUAUAGACCACUGGCACAUGUACCCGGUUGUUGUUGUUCCUGCCGCCACACAUCCGAACCACCGUUUAGGUUGUACUGCUUAGUUUAUUCACUAAGUUGUUAAGAUUUUAGUAUCAUAUGUAACCAUUUCAUCAUUUGUAAUUCAUCAAUUAUCCUAUGAUAUCCCUUUUCUGAGGCAUGCCCACUCGUCUUCAACCUCGAAUUAACUCUUCUCCUCUUUAACUUGCGAAUCUUUCAAACCAAUAUUAGUAGUAUUUUACUCAAUUUUUUACAAAAAUAAAGUAUUCAUAUAACAGCAAAUCCUGCAUUCUGCUACGCAAAUAAAUUGGAAGUUAAAAAUUACGGCACAAAAGUCGAAAACCAGAAACUAAAAGCCUAGAUUGGAAGGCUUAUCCCAGUGAAAAGUUAAGGUUAGAAUAGAUAAUUACCUCCGACGGAGAAAAGCUUUCUUUACCGGCAAUUGAAAAU